UCUUUUGUGCACACACAAUAUCAAUUCAACAAUAAUCUUAAUUAAUCAAGCUUAUUCGCUAAUUAAUUACUGACGUCAUGUUCUUUGCCACCUGGUCCGGACGGAGUCACUUGUCCUUUCGGCAACAUGUGCAGCAGCGAAAUCACGCGCUUCCUUCUCAACGCGCUCGCGGCGGCUUCCGAGCUAAUCAUCCCGCCGCCCGUAAUUGCCUCUCCGUCCUUAUUCGUCGGGGGGAGCGAGGGAUCCGACGGCGAAGAUCCGAUCUUGGCCGCGGAGGCGGCGACGGCGACGUGGCGGAGCGGCCGGCAGGCAGACGACGGCUGGGCGCCGCGUAGUAAAAUUGCGAGGGCUAAAAGAGAGAUUAUUGCGAGGAAUUUGGUCGUCAUGGCCGGAGAUCGGAAUGAUAGAGGCAAAGCAUCUAGGGUUUUAAGCAUGUCUCAUCCUGUGGUCAUGGACAACGGGGAAAGGAGGGGCAUCGAUCGGAAAUUGCAGCUUGGUCUUAAGCUUAGCCUCGCCCAUGGAGGAAACCAGCGCAACACCGAGGAAACAGAUUCAAAACAUAGGGUUAGUAUGUCGGGGAGCAGUCUUUCUAUAAUUUUACGAGAUGAAUGGAUUGCCAAACUUUGAAAUAAGCAAUACAUAUAAAAAGGCCAUGGUUGAAUUUAGAACUCAGGAACUCCACUCCCGGAUCCAAUCACAUAGAAUAGGUAUGAAGAGGAAGCCAUAGCAAAUUUUGAUACAUUGCACAAACAACCUGCAUUGAAAUCUCCUUCACCAUGGGAGAACCAAAUGUCAACAAUUUAUACCCACGCAAUAUUCAAGAAAUUUCAGGUUGAGGU